AUGGAAAAUCGUUGAAUAAAUAAUGUAAUUAUAAAAGGCGGGUCCAAUUUUGCUCACGUGUAUCCACGUGUAUAUGAAAUGGCUGGAAAGGAGACAUGCUGUCUGUGUUCUAGUGCUGUAAGCCAAGGAACAUGGAAGACUAAGAGAAGAAAAGUUACUGGAGAGUCUUCAAAGUUGACAAUGAAAGUUUUAGACACAUUGUCAAAGCGACUUUACUGUCGAAAGUUCUCCUGCUGCAUUAAAGACAUCACCAAUGCUUACUUUUGCCACAAGUGUAGGUCUCUAGCACAAGGCCUUGCUAACUUAAUGACAAAAAUGAAAUCCACAGAAAAUUUGUUGAUUCCCAUGAUUGUUAAACUGUUUGAAAGUAUUGAUUCUGUAUCUGCAAUGGAAAGGAAAAGGAAGAACUAUGAUAAUGUGUUGGCCACAAAAUCUAGACGAAUAUCUGGGGAAGUGAUAGAUGAAAUUCAGAGAGAGAAUAUAUUGUUACAGAAGGAGGGAGACAAAGAGGUGAUGCAGUUGAUGGAAGAGGAAGGGGAACUAUUUCAUAGAGAAGAGACUCAGUUGUUAGAGGAGGAGGGGGAGAGCGAGGUGAUCCUGGUGGUGGAAGGGGAAGGAGAACUACUUCAUAGAGAGGAGAGUCAGUUGGAAGAGGAGGAGGGGGAGAGAGAAGCGAUGCUGUUGGUGGAAGGGGAAGGAGAACUAUUUCAUAGAGAAGAGAUUCAGUCGUUAGAGGAGGAGGGGAAGAGCGAGGUGAUCCUGGUGGUGGAAGGGGAAGGAGAACUACUUCAUAGAGAGGAGAGUCAGUUGGAAGAGGAGGAGGGGGAGAGAGAAGUGAUGCUGUUGGUGGAAGGGGAAGGAGAACUACUAAAUAGAGAAGAGAGUCAGUUGGAAGAGGAGGAGGAGAGAGAGGUGAUGCAAUUGGUGGAAGGGGAAGGAGAAGUACUUCAUAUAGAAGAGAGUGAGUUGGAAGAGGAGGAGAGUGAGGUGAUGCAGUUUGUGGAAAGGGAAGAAGAAAUACUUCAGAGAGAAGAGGUCCCAUUGAUGGAGGACAGAGAGGUGCUGUCAGACAAGGAUGAUUCUGAACCAAGUAUUUCGGUGAAGAUUAAAUGGCCUUCAAAGGAAAGAAACCACAUCAUUCAUACACCCUGGAGAAGGAAGUGUAUAAAGCAGUUGACGAGGAAGAAUUUUAGGUCAUUUUCCACAACUGUCAUGUCUUCGUCACACACAUCUGAUUUAUUCAUUAAGCAGUUAGCUUCUAAACUGAGAAGUGAAAUGAAAGAAAUUUCUUCAGAAAAUCAUAGCUCAAUUUUACGAGAUUCGCAUGACAGUAUUCGAUUUUUUAAAUGGGAUCGGCUAUUUUGUGAGCUUUCAACAAUGAUGCCAACCUUAAUCAAAUUGUUGCUGGCGUUGGUUCGUGAUAAAAGUAAUACCAAAAGAAUCAUAUUGGUCUGUUUUAUUGCUUCAAUAUUGCUGAAGAAACGAUUAGGAAAAAUGGCACUACUCCAACGUGCAGUAUCUGUUUUACUAUAUGGAAAUGGAUGCACAAAACAGGUUUAUAACUGCUUACAACCAUUGAUGGUUUGCCUUUCACACUCUGGGACCCUUAGGCUUAUUGACCGAUUAUCACAAGAACAUGACAUUAAAGUUCAGGAGUGGAGUGAUAGUUUGAGAAAUAAUUUAAAACAGCAUCAAGUAGAUCAGUUUGGCCGUCCAUCUAAUAUUUUACUUUUAUCAGAAUAUGAUGAUGUUGAAGAAAGUGAUUGCAUAAAUUUAGAAAUGACUAAUAAUGAAGAAGAUCAGGAAGAUUUAAUUGAUAAUGUUGUAGAUGAAACAAAUGAUAUGAGAAGCAUGGCAAAAGUGAUUCAUAAUCUUGAUAUUGAUGAUUGUGUGGAUGACAUAUUGUUGCAAGAGGCAGUACCUGUUACUAAUGUGAGCAGUCAAUGUCAUGAUGAAGUAAUCAUUGAGGAUGGAAGUGUUCAGAACGUAGAUCAAAUGGAUAAUGAUAGUGAAGAAUGGCAUGGGUUCAAGAUUGUUGGAGAUAAUUUAGAUAAGAAUUUUAGGCGAUCGUUCCAACGAGUGGAUAGUCAGACUGUGUCACAACAUUACUUUCAUAUGUAUGCAGUAAAGGAUCGAGUAGAUAUGAGCCACCUAUCAGAAUCGCCUAGUGAUGGAGCUAUUGAUAUUGCUAAGUUGCUGCCAUUGGAGACAGACCACGAACAAAUGACAAAGGAAUUCAGCAUUUUGAUUUCAAGAUUCCUUGUCCAAAACAUGAAAAGGUUUGAAAAUAAUAAGAAAGAUGUUGUUUGGCACAUUGACCACAAAUAUGCAGCAGCAAUGAAAGUGAAGUCCACUAUUGUUCCUCUGGGAAUAGAGUUUAAAAACGAGAAUAAAAUUGAUGAAAUGUCUCAAAUCAUGGAUAACCUGCACAAAUAUGUACCUACGGUCCAAGUUAUACGCAAAGUGUCACUUCCUAAUGGUGACACCUUUGAAUAUAAUGAUACCAAUAUGUGGAAGACAUUAUUUGGUGGGGACCAGCUAACGGUUGCACGAGCUAGAACUGCAGCAUAUGUCAGAGAUGAUCAUGACAUUGCCAGUGACAAACUUCACGGCCUUGUACCAGUUAUCGAAGAUUGGCAUGCUCGAAUGACUUUUCUUAAAGUUAUCUGGAAGCAUUUAUACACAACACGGUCUGCUUCUGACAGAGGAACCCUUUUUCAACUGAGGAAUAUAUUACAUAGAACUUCUGUACCAUCAGAUCCGCAGGAUAAUAUGAAUGCUGUAGAAGACUUUCUUGAAGUGGUGCUUGUAGGACAUGUCAUUGCUGCAGCUGAGAAAGUGUAUGUGGAAGGAAUGACAGUUAAUGAAGUAUCUGAGAUGAUUGUCAACAAAUUUGUAAAGCUUCGUCCUAAUGAAAAUGCUAAAAGCCAAGAUUCAAUUAAUGCCUAUGCCUGUGAGCUACUAACUCUGAGUUUAAUUUGGUUUAACUUUUACGAUGGGAUCAAGGAAGGUGAUGGAGAGAGAAUAAUACGUAUAUGGAAGUAUUUAAUGGUCAUAUUUCGAAAGAAUGGCAAUAGGAACUAUGCUAAAGAGGCUGCUGCGUUACUGAUUAGCUGCAACUUCACUUCAUCAGAAAGAAUAGCAACACAAACCAUUACGAGUCGUUUUGUAAACACAAAAGGACGAGCAGGAUGCAACCUUCCUUGUGACCUUCAUAUGGAACACCUAAACAGGAGGCUAAAGGGUAUCAUUUCUAAAAUGGAGUCCAAUGUACAUAGAUCAUCAAUUGAACGUGCAGCUAAGGCGAUUGGAAUAGUGGAUGAAAUUUGCCGAUCUUUUGGAGAUGAAAUGAUGACACACAAGUCUGACAAGCAUAAGAAGCCUUCCUAUGAGAAGGAUCUAAAUCUAAUACUGGACGUCCUCAGGGAAGAUGAUGUCUUUAGUGUUAUUUCUAACAGAAAACACAAAUUUGUAACUGUACAACAAUGCAUGCUGGAAUCAAUAAAUAAUGACAAUGUUGCUGAUUGGAUCAUAGAUAAUAUUAUUCCGUUAUUUAUAUAAAAAACAUCAAUAAUUAUUUUUA